AUGAUUUCUGCUGACGAGCGACCAAUACGACAACAUCCUCCUCGUUCAGUGAAGUGCGCCAAAUGCGCUACGUGGCUCCUUUUGGCGCUGUCAUAUAUGCUUGUAAUGAUCGGCUGCGUUUUUCUUGUGCUUGGAACAUGGCUGGUUUUCUUCCGCGCUGAAAUUAUUCCACUUCUUCACAGCAACUUCUACAUCUGCUGCAUCUACCUGGCAGUGGCAUGUGGAACCCUCAACGUUAUCACAGGAUCGUAUAUGCACUGCACUUUGACAAACAGAUGUGCAAUGGGAAUCUGUGUCUUCAUCAUCUUUGCAACAAUGAUAUUGGAAGGAGGAUUGGGAUUUUUGACAACAUCUUAUAUGGCUACAUCAUCACAUGAGCUUGAAGUGAGCUUGAAAAAUGACAUAUUGACAAGAUUUGGUGUUGACGACAUUAUUACUAAUGCUAUAAACCAUCUUCAGAAAGAGGGUCGUUGUUGUGGAUCAACCGCCUUCAAUGAUUAUCCAAAGUUGACAGAUGAAGAAAUUGACGAAGAUCUCGCCGUUUACUAUCCGGAUUGGCGUCCAUUGAAAGUUCAAUAUAUUCCGGAUUCCUGCUGCAAAUCAUUUUCAAGAAGAUGUGCUCGUAGUGAUUCGCCAAGCAACAUUUAUUAUAGAGGAUGUCUUCCAUAUUUACAAGAUGAAGUUAAGCAUAAUCUGAAUUUCAUUUUCAUCACUACUGCUGCGUCCUUUAUCCUACUUUUCCUAACAUUGAUUGUCUCAUGCAUCGUUUGUGUUCGUCAAAGAGAUUUCGAUGAUAUGAACAAUAAUAAUCAAAACAACAUCGACAUGAAAGAUCUGGACCAGGAACUCUUCCUUUUUGAAUAA